GAUAGUAGAGUAGGUUAGACAUUAAGAUUUUAUCUUUGUGACUAGCAAAUAUUGUGAGCCUAGUAUGAUUCAUAAAAUUUGCAAGCAUUGCAUACUGAGUUCGCAUUGUGGUGCUAAAAUUUAACCAUUUUUCAUAAGUGUUUUACAAUAAUUAGAAUCAUUAGUUCUGUGUCUUAUUUGCUUGUAAAUAACCAUUGAGAGUACAUGCCUUGUUGACCAUGUCUAAUCUGUGGAAAAUUGUGUCUCCUAAAUAUUGGUUUACUCCAAGCCGUGCUGGUUAUGACUUAGGCCAUGCAAUAAAAAUGGAAGUUGUGAACAUGGAUGAAGGUCGAUAUGAACAGAGGGAGAGUCAGCCGGGUAGUAGUGCGGAUAGUGAUGCCUCGAGUCUCUUUGAAAGUAAUGAUAGUAGUGAACAAACAAGCGAUUUUGAAAGGGCAUCUGAUGAUGAAGAAGAUUUGAAAGAAGAUUUACAAAAAAAUAUAGUUAAUUAUUAUAAGUCUGAUUCAAAUUGUACAUCACAUAAUUCUAACGACAUCACGAAUGAUGAAGAAUUUCAAGCAACAGCUCUAUGUCAAUUUAUGGAUAUAUUGAAUGACUUAGAUGAAGUACUUGAUAAAUCACUGUUGGCAUGUUUAGAUGAUGGUACAAAAUCUCUAGAUAGCGACGAUGAUGAUCUCAUCUGUGAAAUAAAAAAAUGUGAUAACACUAGUGAAAAUAGAUCUGAUCACUCAAAUUCUCAGAGUUCAAUAGAUGAUACUACUCAAGUGGUUAUGUACCAUGCUCACGCUCAAACUUCAGCACCCUCAAUGGAAGAAUUGGAAAUUUUACAAAGUAAUCUUUCACCGAAAGCUAAUUUAGUGCGUUCAAAGAGUUUCUCAGAACUACCAAGAAGUAACAGGCAAGUUUCUGCAUUGUCUUUAGAGAGAGCUGGUACUGUAAAUGACUGUUUACGGAAUUCAAUGAGAAGAUUAGAUCCUAUUGUAUUGCCGGCAAUUCCCACACAAGAAACGUCAUGUGAACCUCUCACUUUACCCGUUAUAUUGUUCCUUGAACACCAUGUUAAUAUGCGACCGACUAGUGCACCUAUACAGCUUCAAGUUACAGCAGCUAAUUUGAGCAGUGAUGGAUCAUCAGGGCCACUCAUAGUGGGCCGUCGGACAUUGUUGAUGAAUAGAGCGUUGUCCUUACCUUCAGCUGGUGAUAAUGAUAGUACAGCUGUAGACUGGACAGAACGGAAUACAAAUAGAAAUAUAGGAAGAAGUGUAAGUGCCUCCAGUUCUUCGAGUGAAUCAUUGAUUCGUCUAGCACAUAUUAAUCCAAGUGAAAAUAAUGCUUCUGAAGACAGAAAUGAAGAGACUGAUUUACCCCCUUUUGGCGUUUGGCCACACAGAAUGAGUGCGAUGCUAGCAUGCCUUAGUUGCACCGUUGGAAUAUUCAACAUUUCUAGAUUUGCCAUACUUAGCGUACAUUUUGGAGCUAGUUUUAUAGUUCAGUUCUUCAUUCUAUCUCUUCUGGUCGGAAUACCACUUUUUACUCUGCAUUUAUGUUUGGGGCAAGUGCUCGAGUCCGGUCCCGUGGAUAUGUGGCGAAUCUCGCCGAUAUUCCAAGGUGUCGGCAUAACCUUGUUGUUAAUCCAAGCUGUGAUUGGAAUUUACAGCAUAAUUGGCCUGUCGUGGAUAUUCGUGUAUUUCAGAGAUUCAUUUAUAACGUCCGAUGAUAGAUACAAGUGGGCACUGCCGCAUGAGUUUAAUUUUGACGAUGUCAGUCAAAAAAAUGCUACAAUUAAAAUACAAGAGACACUGCCGCAAUAUUUCCACGGAGAGGUGCUCCAACGUAACUUAAAUACAAACGGCUUUGGCUCAAUAAAGUUUCAAGUUGCGUUCAACUUAGCCGUAGUAUGGAUGAUUGUGUUCGUCUCACUCAACAAAGGAUUGAGGUCAUACGGCAAGGUGAUCUACAUGCUCAUAUUCCUGCCCAUCUGCGGUACUCUAGUGCUCUGUACAAAACUAUUGACUCUAAUACCGUAUGAUUCAGUUAUAAAUAUCUUCUCUGAAACAGAGUGGAGUGAAUUUUUUAUCAAUAGCAAUAGUUGGGCAGCCGCAGCUCAAGAGACAUUUCUCACGUGGGGUCUACUCGGCCCCUGUAUUAUGCAGUUAACAUCUCAUAAAGAUCCGAAAAAUAAAACGAACAUCAUGCUUCAGAAAGAAAGCGGCUGUAUAGUCGCCUUUACAUUUGCAGUGCUAUUACUGAGCUCAUUCUUAGCCAACACGUGUGUUCAGAUUUUGAAGAAUUACGGUUACGUUUUUAUACCAAGCAGUUUUGAAACAAUUAAGUCAUCACAAUUUCUAUGGCCGGCUUCAGAGCCGUUACCUGGCAACACAGUGUCAACACCGGUUCGAUACAUGGGUCAUUACGGCAGUUUAGUCGGUCUGACAGUGUGGAGAACUGGUAAUCCUGCAAAGGUGCUAAGUGGCUGGCAACCCUUACAACUUGCUACGCAAAUAGUGCCCGCUACUUUAGCCGUUUUGCCUGCUAAUGUUCUAUCGCCAGCGUGGGCGGUAAUAUUCUACUUCAUCCUGAUAAUGUUCGGCAUCGCGCAGCAGCUGGCGAUCUGGCACUGCGUGGUGACGGGCGUGAUGGCCAUCAACGCGCGCGCGCUGCGAGUGUGGGAGACCACCAUCACGUUCUUCAGCUGCGUGUUCGGGCUGGCGAUGGGGCUGCUCCUGUCCACUGAUGCGGGCAUCCGCGUGGUGCACUUCGUGGACUACACGUGGGCGGGCGCGUGGUGGCAGGGCGCGGCGCAGGUGUCGCUGGCGCUGGGCGUGUUCGCGGUGCGCGGGCGGCCCUACGCGCCCGACGCGGUGGUGGCGGCGCUGUUCGGGCCCGCCGCGCGCGCCUCGGCCGCGCUCGCCGCGCUGCUCAGCUUCACGUGGACCGUCGUGCUGCCCGUGCUGCUCUGCGCUCUAUGCGUGAUGGAUUUCCGUGUCGGCCAGCAACGCCAGUUGUAUAGUUGGAGGAAGCCCAUAGGGUACUUCCCUGUGUGGGCGAGACAAGUGGCAGUUUUUAUGCAACAGGGAGCCCUUUUGCUGGUGCCGCUGGUCGCCUUCGUGCAGACCUGGCGCUACAUAACUAAGGGUCCACCGGAUAUACUCGAGCGCGUGCAGAACCUGUACCGGCCGCGCAUGGAGGCGGCGGCGGGCGAGGCGGCGCCCCCCCCGCCCGCGCCGCGCGCGCCCGACCCGCCGCCCAAGUACACGCCGCCGCCCUCGUACUCCACCGCCACCGGCGCGCGCCUGCUGUCCACGCUGCGCCGCAGCUUCCGCACGCUGCGCAGUUUCAGGAUAACUACAAACCGCGCUGAAACCACAGACGAGGUAUCACAGAUUCCAAUCACAUUAAGCGAAAGCGUCGAUCGGCAGCCGCAGCCGCAACCCCCACAAUACAACUUUACACCGACGAUCACACUUACCGACGAAACCGAUGGUCGACCGACACACUCGAACAGACCGACAUCUUCCCGCCAUUCCCUCACGCUGACCCGCGAUUAUUUGCGAAGAUCAUUCGUCAGGAAGAGCGAUUCGGCUAAGAGCAUACGUUCAAGCUUACGUCGCAGCUUCAAGUACGGGGGACCGCUGACGACCAGCCACGAGCAGUUGGUGCGAGACGUCGAACCGAUAUCCAAUACAGUGGCCAUGUCCGCGAUGCUAGGAGACGAUAUUACCCACACCCGAAGUCUUGGCUCUGUUAUUUGAUUUCAACUAAACCGCCUUAAUAAUAUAGGACAACAAAUUUAAUAAUAAUGAUUUUACAAUUAAAUUUUUUUAUUGAAUAAUAAUUUUAGUGAUAUUUUUGUAACGCAACGAAAUCAGUUGUAUUUUAUGAAGAAGUCUAAAAAAUCGUUUAAUCGAUAGAUCAGUUAGGUUACUGUUUUUACAACUUAGGGAGUACGGAUUUUGUUUAAGAUCGGAAAAGUAACACAAUUGAUUAUAAUCUCAUGAGGUAUAUGUGUAGUUAUAAGUAUAUUAAAUUGUAAAAAUCUUACUUUUAAUUCGAUUUGAGUUCAAAAAUACUCACAUGAAACAUUUAAAAUGUUACAGUACAUCACUAUUAAAAAAUUUAAUUGUUUACAACGACAAACAAAGUAAUUAAGAUGUGUCAUAAUGAACAUUGUACAAUGGUUCCCAAACCUAAGUUAUAAACCCCCCCAAAAAGUUAAUUAUUAAUAUAAGAGUAAUUAUAUUAUUAACACAGUAUUGAUCGAGGGAAUCUCACAAUAUUUUACAAUGAGCGAUGGAGGUUAUUUUUACAAUUAAUAGGUACUUAAUAAUAUGAGAGCUUACAGAAUAAAAAAGUGCUACUAAAUUAAAAUGGCAUUUUAUACAAUAGAUUUUGUAAUGUAGCAAUAAGUACAAUGUGGAUUCAUUGUAUCGUUAGUGUGUUGAUGCAUUUUUAUAUAAAUAAUGUUACAUUUGAAUGUCGUAUUUAUUAUGUUAUGAGCGGAAGCGUUUUUAAGGGAACAGUUGCAAUAUUUAUGUAUAUGGAAACAAAAUUAAAUCAUUUUGCAAUAAUUUUCACAUAAUUAUGAUACACAAAAUAGUUAUGGCAAUAUUUUUCGAUAAAUCAACUAUGUUGCAACAUUUUUUUAUAUAUUUUUAGAAAAUAUCAAAUAAAUUAAGUAUGUACUUAGUACGUUUUUACAAAGAGUAGUUGUGAGUUAUUGAAAUAGUAUUUUAUUUUUUUAUUGUUUUUAAGAAUUACAGUGGACUUGAUGGGCUCUGUUCACACUAUCAACUUAAUCAAAGUUAUUAUGAUAUGUUUCACGUAUGUUUACUUAUUAUUUCGAAUGUAUUCGCGAAUUAUUUAAAAUUUUUAAUUAUACAAAGUAAUAGUUAUAAAAUAUACAGUUAUUAGUACAACAAAAUUAUAUCAAGUACUUCAUAUAAUUUUACAGUUUAUAUAACAAUUUGAAGAUAUAGUAAUUAAAUUGUUUUUUUUUUAUGUUAAACUAUAUUAUUGUACAUGUAAAUAGCUACACUUAAGCAAUCAAUGUUGUGUACACUAUAGAAUUCCUUGUAGGGUCAGAAAUAAGGAAAAAAAGUUAUGAAUGUUAUCUUGUCACAUCACAUAGAAACUAGAACUGCCGGCUUAGUCAACAUCAUAUUAAUUAACUUAUUGUAUUAAUUACUUUAUUUUGAAAAGCUUUUUUUUUUUUAAUUGUGUAGAAUAGUAAAAGUGUACUUUAAAUAAUUAAGCUAACCAAGUAUAUCACCACGCAAUCCAAAGUUAAGCUUAUAUAUUUAAUUUAGUUCCUUUCUUGCAUUUAUCAAAUUUUAUAUAAAUCCUUGUAUAAUUUUAGUUCUAGUCAUAUCACGGCUUCCAUGAAUUUGUCGCUUUUUAAACAUCACACUUUUUAAAUAUAGCGCACAUUUUAUUCGAACAUCUAUUUGAGUUUAUUCUUUAAUGUAUUUAUCAUUUUACAUUCCACUAAUAAUUCCAACAUGUACUAGAUAGUUAAUAAACGUUUCUUUUUACAACA